AUGGUUGCCGAACAAUUGCGACCCCUUCUCCUCCCUCAAAAUCGCAAAGUGCGACACCUUCAAGGAAUAUAUAUCCGAAACCUUACAAUAUCACGCCCACGCGUACAUACCAUUGAUGAUGCGGCACUCAACAAAACGCCUGAGAAGCUCGAAACUCUACGUGAGCCACAAUUACACCAUGCAGCCUCGUCAGGAGAUCUGCGGAGACCGGCAAAGGAGCGAAGGACGAGUUCGAAUUGGGUGGGCGCAAGCCCCGGGCUGAGGCAGAAGAAGCUGGAGGAUGUUAUUGAUAGCCGGAUGACGGAUACGUUCUUUACGAUUCAUUGCGACGGGCAGGAGGAUCCGAUUUAUGUCAGCGAAGUGGUGGAAAAGGCAAUGAACCCAAACUUUCGACACUUUGACCUUUCCGGGCUAGGUCCAGCGAUUGCUCGAAUGGAUACCGUCACAAUUCGGGUCUGGGUCAAGAAGACGGAUUUUAUACCAUUAUUGGAGGAAGAGGUCAACCUACGGUCCCUUUGCUUCAUCGGCUCACUCGAAAACCAUAUUUUCCCACAGAACUCUAUUGUUUUCCAGCUCGUUGAUGGCACAUAUACCAUGGAAAUAGCGUCGAGACCGCCGAAGCCGAAAACUGCCCCCUCAUUGCCAACUUCUUCAUACAGUGCUCUUAUGCGACUGUCAAACUUGGACGAGUCGAUACAAGAUGCGCUGGCAACUCGGGAGGAGCUUGCAAAUCAGAUCAAUGCAAUAUUCAAGGAAAUACCGGUCAACGACGCUCCACAAGCACGAGAAGAGGCAGCGCUUACAAACCGAUAUGUGACAUCUGAGCGGAAGUUACUCAAACAGUCCAUACGAAAGCGGGCAGAAUUGAAGGUUUCUAUAGCUACGCGAAAAGAGGCCAUCAAAGUCGGACAGGAAGUACAAGCUCGAACGCAAGAAGAUAUUGAUAAUGCGCAAGACAAGCUGGAGAAAUGUCGGACACUAUUAGCGGAGAACACUACGGAGCUACACCAACAGCGCCGACGGAUAUGUGAGGAUCUUCUUCACAUUUUUCCGAUCGAGCCGACGAAAUCACCGCUAUUAUUUACAAUCUGCGGGCUGCCCCUUCCGAAUUCUCAGUUCGACGACAAGGAUGAGGAUACGAUUUCCGCCGGAUUAGGUUAUGUAGCACGUGUGGUUUACAUGCUUCAGUAUUAUCUUGGUGUUCCUCUUCCAUAUCCAAUAACACAUCUUGGAUCUCGAUCUUUGAUCAACGACCACAUCUCCAUCUUACAAGAUAACCAGCGCACUUUCCCUCUUUAUAAUAAAGGGACUUUACGUUUUCGAUUCGAAUACGGUGUCUUCUUACUGAACAAAGAUAUCGAAUGUUUGGCAGAAAGUCAGGGACUCAAAGUCCUUGAUAUCAGACAAACCUUACCGAACUUAAAGUAUCUCCUCUAUGUUUGUAGUGCAGGGACCAGCGAGCUUCCGGCACGAAAAUCCGGGGGUGUAAAGGGUUUACUUUCUGUUGCAAAACCAUGGGAUCAUUCCUCAGCUUCGAGUAGGAGGGGAAGUGCUGAUAGCGGUGUUUCAGGUGCUGCUGGAGAUCAAUUACGUUUGGCGAUGGAGAAGGAUGGGGAUAAGAAGGCGUUGAAGGUUGGGAGUGGGAAUGGGAGUGCUUUUGGGCUUGGUCAUGUACAGAGUUUGAGGACCAGUGGGCUAAGGGAGAAUGUUUACUGA